AGCACGCUUGCGCGGCUGUCACAGGGCUGCUUGGUUGGUCAGUGGGGAGUCGGCGCCUGCGUACUAAGACCCGUGUGCAGCAGCGGCGGCGGCGGUAGAGGCGGCGGCGGCGGCGGCAGCGGGCUCGGAGGCAGCGGUUGGGCUCGCGGCGGGCGGACCGGGUCGAGUCAGUGCGUUCGCGCGAGUUGGAAUCGAAGCCUCUUAAAAUGGCAGAUGAUUUGGACUUCGAGACAGGAGAUGCAGGGGCCUCAGCCACCUUCCCGAUGCAGUGCUCAGCAUUACGUAAGAAUGGCUUUGUGGUGCUCAAAGGCCGGCCCUGUAAGAUCGUGGAGAUGUCUACCUCCAAGACUGGCAAGCACGGCCAUGCCAAGGUCCACCUGGUUGGUAUUGACAUCUUUACUGGCAAGAAAUACGAAGAUAUCUGCCCAUCGACUCAUAAUAUGGAUGUCCCCAACAUCAAAAGGAAUGAUUUCCAGCUGAUUGGCAUCCAGGAUGGGUAUCUAUCGCUGCUCCAGGACAGCGGGGAGGUGCGAGAGGACCUUCGCCUGCCCGAGGGAGACCUCGGCAAGGAGAUUGAGCAGAAGUAUGACUGCGGAGAAGAGAUCCUGAUCACGGUGCUGUCUGCCAUGACAGAGGAGGCAGCAGUUGCAAUCAAGGCCAUGGCGAAAUAACUGCUCCCAGGUGAGUGUGCCGGCUGCCCGUCCCCAGCCCCUGCACGUGCUCCGCGUCCCAGACAAAACCUGCCUCAGUCCUGUUCCAGGCUU